CAUACGUCCAUACUGGUUUUUCCCCUCCCCCACCAGAACCAGCACCCGAACCCCCAGUUCUUCACCCAGAUCUUACUGGGAGAGGAUGAGUGGCCGCUGGCGUCGGACGCGCUGCCUGCGGUGGGCGAAGUCCUCCCGGCCGGCGAGGUGGGGGAGGGGCGGGGCUGGGCGUGUCGCAGCUGCACCUUCCAGAACCCCUCCCCCAGCGUCCUGUGCCAGGUGUGCGAGCGCCCCCGGCUGGCCCGGAGGCCCCAGCCAAGCCCCGCCCCCGCCCAGCUGUGGCCCUGCCCCCGCUGCACCUUCCUGAACCGAGGCCACGCCCCCAAGUGUGAAAUGUGCGGCUCUGACCACGCCCCCUUUGAUGACGUCACUUCCGGGGUCGCCCCACCCGCCCACAGUGUUGUUUCUGCUACUUCCGGGUUUGGGGAGGCCACUUCCGGUUCAGGCCCCGCCUCUUCCGGUGGAACAACAACUGCUGGCGUGGACAAACCAACUUCCGGGUCUGCAGCGGUCACUUCCGGGUCUGCUGAUGUCACUUCCGGCGCUGACAAAGCCACACCCAGCAUUGCAAAAUGCACUUCCGGUGUGGGAAAUGCCACUUCCGGCGCCGGGAAUUCUACUUCCGGUGUCGGCCAUGACACUUCCGGUGGUGAAAAUCCCACUGCUGGGGUGGGCAAUUCCACUUCCGGAUGUGCUGAGGUCACUUCCGGGGGUGACCCCACCCCUUCCCGUGAUGCUUUGCGGCAGAGGAAGCUGCUGGAGGACGGGCGCCGCCUGGUGGAGCUCGUGAGGGCCGCCGAAUCCCAAGGCCUCCCCCCGGAAUCCCUCGGCCCCGCCCCCUUUUCCCACUUUCCGGAACCUUCCGGCCCCGCCCCCAGCCCCGAAUCCCAAAUCCGGCACUUCCGGAGCCGCCUCGGGGGGGUCCUCAAGGCCCUCCUGGGGGCGGAGCCUGACGAAAAGGAGGGCGGGGCCUCCCUGGGGCCCUUCUCAUUGGACGAAGCAGCCUGGGCGUGGCUGGAGGGGGAGGGGCAGCUGGACCGAGCGCGCCGCGCUCUGAUUGGUCGGAGGAAGCAGCAGCUCCGCCUCCUGGCCAGCCUCGGUUUCCCCGACCCCGCCCCCGCGGCGGCGGCCCUGCAGCGGCAGCGGGGCAGCCACUGGGGGGCGCUGUGCGAGCUGCAGCGGCUCAGGCUCCGCCCCUUCCUCUUACGUCAGCAGCAGGGGGCGGAGCCGGGGCUGGACUUCAAUCAGCCCGACCAGCAGAUGCAGUGGCUGCCGGGCUGCUCGUGCCCCCUGUGCCCCGAGUGCUUCCGGCUGCACUUCACGGUGGGGCUGAGGGAGAGGGGGGUGGGCGCCCUGGGCUGCCCCAGCUGUGGCCGGCCCGACCUGCGCGACGACGCCCAGCGCCUCUGGUACUGGUCCACGCUGGAGCCCGUGUGCCCCGAGUGCUUCCGGCUGCACUGGGGGGGCUGGGAUCUGCUUACUGGGAUGAACUGGGGUGAACUGGUUUAUACUG